AUGGAUUUUGGGCGGGCGCCGGCCCGUGCGCCCCCCUUCCCCUCGCCGCCGGCUCCCGGCCGGCCUUCCUUCCCUCCCCUGCCCGCCGGGGGCUGGCUCGGGGGCCCCUUCCCACCGUGCUCUGUCUCACUUUGCAGCAAGAAGAAGCACAAAGACAAGAAAAGGAAAAGGGAGGAGGAUGCGGAAGAACAACUUGACGUUGUCGGAAACUGGUGGGCCAUCAGUAAUUUCGGUGAAAUUACAGGAACUAUAGCUAUAGAAAUGGACAAAGGAGCUUACAUCCAUGCUCUUGACAAUGGCUUGUUUACGCUUGGAGCACCACAUAAAGAUGAUGAAGGCCCUAGUCCUCCUGAGCAAUUUACAGCAGUAAAGCUGUCUGAUACAAGGAUCGCUCUGAAGUCUGGUUAUGGCAAAUACCUUGGUAUAAAUUCAGAUGGACUUGUCGUUGGACGUUCAGAUGCUAUAGGAUCAAGAGAGCAAUGGGAACCUGUCUUCCAAGAUAAGAAAAUGGCUUUACUAGCAGCAAACAGCCGUUUUAUUCGAUGUAAUGAAGAGGGAGACAUAGAAGCCAAAAGUAAAACUGCAGGAGAAGAAGAAAUGAUAAAGAUUCGUAGUUGUGCUGAAAGAGAAGCCAAGAAGAAAGAUGACGUUCCAGAAGAAGACAAAGGAAAUGUUAAACAGUGUGAAAUCAAUUACGUAAAGAAAUUCCAAAGUUUUCAAGACAAAAAACUCAAAAUAAGCAAAGAAGACACAAAAGCCCUCAGAAAAGCCAGGAAAGAAGGCACUUUUCAUGAAACACUGCUUGACAGGAGAGCAAAAUUGAAAGCAGAUAGAUACUGCAAGUGACGAUCAGCUGACCCAUCUUCUGUAUCUUUGGCAGUACAGUCAAGUUAAAAACGAGUAAAAUGUUUUAUAAUGAUGAUUUUUACACAGGGCUUUGUUUUGGAUAGUUUUUAAAGGAUCACCUGAGAGUUGUAAUUAAGCAUCAAGCUAAUGUCAUCUUUCAGUAAUAUCGUUAUUAAGCUUACUCUAAAGUUACAAGCUAUUGACAUUGUUAGAUAAUUAUUUACUGAAAACAAAUUAUUUGCCCCACUGAAUUUUCCAAAGUGGUUGCAAGGAACCUGUACUUGGAGGUGGUGAUUAAGGGCAGGAAGAGAACAACAACAAACUUCAAAAGCAGAAUACUGUUAAUGCAUUGAACCAUUAAGAAAUCUGUAGCUAUAAUGAACAAACAGGAAAUAAUUGAAAAUAAAUGUCUGUGAAUACAUCCUAUCAGAUCCCAAGUAGGACUUUGAUGGAGCCAUCCUACUUUGAUGGAGCCUCACCUACUGCGUCAGGUGAGGAUUUGGGCCAGGAUUUUCUGACUCAAUAAAACAACAUUCAAAACAGACCCACUGUUUAGGUGAAUAAAUGGCCUAAUCCAUGUACUGGCAAGAGUGUGGACAAGUCAUGAGAAUCCUAUUACAAAUGAACAUGCAGGUGCUUUCUAAGAAAAGAGGAUGACUGUUUUGUGUUUGCAA